AUGAACAAUCAGAGACAGGAACAAGAGGAAGACUAUUUUGAACACUAUAGAAGACAAUAUCAAAUUAAUGAAGUUUUUGAAAAUUAUUAUGAUACCCAAUCGGAAAGAGGAAAAAAAGAACACAUGAACAGAUUGCUGUGGUUCUUGAUUGCAUUCCCAGCCUUCUUCUUUGUAUCAUUACAGGCCUUUUUGGCUAGUGAUGCUGUUAAUCAUCAGGAUUUGAAGAAUGUUACAAUAAGAUUGGAAGAAGCAAUACCAACUACUGUAGGAAAUAGAGAGAAUAUUUCAGGAGAUCGUUAUGAUGAGUCAUCCUCAAUGCAACAACAAGAAAAAGCAGAGGUGAUUAAAGGACCAAUUUUGGACGUUCCUAAUGAUAAUUAUUUACAAAAAUUAUCAAAAGAUGUAAGAAGAUAUCCAGUUAUUUGGGGAAUUAUUGGAUUGAAUUGUGCCAUGAUGCUUAUGGUAAAAGGAUUCAAAAGAUCGCCAAGAUUCCACGAUUUUUAUUCGAAACAUUUGACUGUUUCAGUACAUAAUUUAUUGAAGAGAAGAUAUCAUACCUUGUUAACCUCCACUUUUGUACAUGGUGAUUGGCUUCACUUAGGUUUUUGCAUGUAUGGCCUUUACAAUAUGGGAUCUCUUACCUAUGAUUUGAUGGGACCUACAACAUUUUUGCUUUUUUAUUUAGGUGCUGGUAUGACUGCAUCAAUGGGUAGUUCCUUACUCAAAUUAAUAACAAAGAAUUAUUAUCAGAGAUCUGUUGGUUCAAGUGGAAGUAUUUUCGCAAUUGUUUUUGCUGGCCUUAAUGUUAUUACAUUUGAGAAGGCCAAAAUGAAUUUAAUUUUCCUUCCAGAUAGUUGGGGAGGUUUCAAUGCCACCUACUUUUUACCAUUAUAUUUUGUUGGUGAAAUUCUUUAUAAUAUCUUCUCGAGAAGAGUCAAAUUGGAUACAGGUGGUCACUUGAGCGGAGCUUUGGCUGGAUAUUUAGCAUUGGAAGCAAUGAAAAAUCAAUCUUAUCACAAGCAAACCAGAAAAGUGGAAUUUAGUGGAAGAAAUACUUAUUAUUUGGGUGAAGUUAAAGAUUUAAAAAAGAAUGGAGCUGGUGCCUUAAUUGGAGGAAAUAUGUCAUAUGUUGGUAAUUUCAAAGAUGGAAAUCCAGAAGGUCAAGGAAUUGUUAUUGUAAAUACAAACGAAGGAACAAAAGCUAUUAAAGGUAUCUUUAAGAAUGGAAACUUUACACCAACCAAAUAA